AUGAUGCUAUCAUUCUCAGAUCAGGAGGAAUUUGAUGACGAGUUAAUGACUGGCCGUUUUGAUGAAAAGCUUGAUGAAUUUGUUGCACUAAUCACUUCUCGACCACAAACGGCAAUGGAUGACUCACUACAAUCGAACAUUAAAGACUACAAUCCAGCAAUUGACGACAAAGAAUCAUCUACCGAACUAUCAAAUAUAGAUGACUUCUUAUAUGAAUUAGACUCAAAUAUUCAAGCGGUACGACCUACUACGUCGAAAAGAACAAGAGCUCAACAUUUAUUCACUCAAGAAGAUGAAUAUCGAGAAAAUCAAAAAGGUGGUGGCUUUUUCAAUCAGACUAAAUUUUGUUCUGCAUUAAGAAAUGAGAUGAAGCACAUGUUUAACGUUGAUGUCACUAUUGAGAAGAGCAAUGAUGGAUCACACCAAGAAUACCCUCUUUAUAUUGUAACAUUUCAAAGUAUAAAUGCGGAAAAUGUUUCUAAAGCAAAAAACGCAUUGAAAUUGCUAUUUGACUCGGUCAAAAUAGAAAUCAUAGGCGAAGAAGCAGGAUUCUGGAUACAGGAUCAAGAUUACGCUCGUAUCGUUCAAUUUUACGGUGAUCAGAAUAAAAGCUUGUUUAUCCUGUGUGAAUAUUCAAAGAUUGGCUUGUUUAUUCAUUAUUUCGACGGUCAUAUAUCCGUUGAUUUUCAUCGCUUAUGUACUACUAGGGAAACUCUUCGAACAAUACUGAAGAAUAAGUUUAAAUCCUCCGAUGUAAAUCUACCAGCGAGUUCCGAUCUGACAAAGGAAAAUAAAAGCUUUUUUGCACAAGAUAUUCUGCAACUCGAGGUUGAAGUUCGAACACGUCCGGUAUUAAUGAAACUUGAGCAGCGAUGUAUUCAUUUAUUUGGUAUAACUCCAAUAGUCGAUGAAGUCGUGCAACAAAUCGAAUGUAUCAAAGAGAGAUACGCAUCCAAUAUGGUUCGAUUGAAUUUAGAGUCUAUUCAGAUCAAUUAUUUAAUCGAUUUUUAUUCUGAUGAGCUUCGAAUAAUGGAGAGAACGUUCGUUAAUGCAAAAAUCCUUGAGCAUUUGAGAAAUGGAGAAUUCAUGGCACCUCAACAUAUACAAAGUACAAUCGAAAGACAAAUCAAGGAAUUAGCUACAUUCUGUCCACCCAGUUCUUUUACCGUUGAGGAAGAAACUUUUCGUCCCAUGGCACAUAAUGAAUGUCCGAAUCUAAUAGACAUCGGUCGGCAUUAUAAAUGUCACGUUGAAAUCAAAGAAUUUCCAACGAAACAUAUUUGUGAGAUUCCUCGAUCAACGGCAGAGGAUCACGUAUCAAAUAAAUUAACAGCGGCAGCUAUCAAAAUAGAGCAGGGUGAUCUUGCUGAUCAGAACGUUGAUCUUGUUGUGAUUUGUUCGACAUCGUUAUAUCUUCGAGAUGAUAUCAUCAAAAAAGCUGGUCAAUCAGUGAAAGAAGAAUAUGAACGAAUUGCUCAGCACUCGCCUUCCGAACCUUUUGAAACGAAUUCGGGAGAUUUGCAAUGCCGAAAAUUAUUAUUCCUUCCAUGGCAUAUCGAUCAAUCUACUAAACACAAAUUCACUCAAUCGAUCCGAAAUUUCGUGAGAAGAUCCGUUCAAUAUGCUCUCAGGGCGCAUCACACAUCAAUUGCUUUCCCAUCAAUUGGAUGUGGUAAACUAAAUAUUGGAAAAGAUAUUAUAGCCAAUGAAAUGUUAGUCGAGGCGCAGAACCAAUUAUUAACAGCUAAUGCCCUGUUACAGCUUAUUUUUGUGAUUCUACCACAACAAACGGAUGUUGUCAAAGCUUUCGAGGUAAAACUUGCCAGUUUGCAAGAAGGCAACGUCGAAACUAAAGAUGCAGAAAUCUCCUAUCACUUGUCGACGCUAACAUUGACCAUUCACUCAUCUAAUGAGAAUAAUCAAAGAGAAUGUAUAGAAGCAUUACACAAUCAUAUUACCAACUCUACUGGAACCUACGAAGCCUAUCAACAAACAGCUCUGAAAAAAUGGACUCAGCCAGCGUUAAAUAAAUUCUUUCAUUUUUGUCAGAAAAGCCAUGUCGUGAUUGACGUGGAUAUGAAAAUUGGUUAUUUGAGAUUAUACGGGUCAAAAGAAGCAGUCCGAGAAGCAGAAAGUGAAUAUCUUCGACAACAAGUUAAACAGAGCGAACAAGCUCGAUUGGCUGUUAUUGCACGAGAUAUCAUAUGGGCGUAUAAAAUCGGAGAAAAUCAAUGGGAAAAAUACUCAUCUGAAAUCAAUACUUUGAUCGAAGAUCAGUAUACAUCGAAACUGCAAUCGUUUAAUUAUACAGACGACAAAUCGAAAGAAUAUCUUAUCGAUUUUCAAAUGAUGACUGAAAAAUGCUUGAGUACUAAUCAAGAACGUCCAAUCGUUCGUCAAACUGACUUCACAUUUCCUAAAGAUUGGCACGUUCAAAUUCACAAUAUUCAACAAUUUUCCUUGUCAACGAAUUCCGAUGAAUUCAAAAGUCUUCUACGUUUAUUCAAUAAAACUAUGACUAAGAAAUAUACGGAGAUCGUUCGGAUCGAUCGAAUUCAAAACAAACAGUGGUAUAUGCAGUACAAUUCCUAUCGAAGUUUUUCAUCGAAGAAACAUACAGAGAGAAAAUUAUUUCAUGGCUGCCCUCGACAAACAACCUCCCUGAUUAUUAACUCAUUUUUCAAUCGAUCUUUCGCGGGCAUUAAUGGUGUUGUCUAUGGGCAAGGUGCUUAUUUCUCGGCUAAGGCUAACUAUAGCCAUAAUUAUGCGACUAUAACCGAUUCGACUGGUGAACGAUAUAUGUUUGUCGCAGAUGUUUUAGUUGGUGAUACCAUUACAGGAAAUUCAAAGAUGAAAACACCACCUGCUGGUUACGAUUCCACAACAGAUGGUGAUCAUAUUUUUGUUACAUAUCGUGAUGAUCAAGCAUAUGCUUCGUAUUUAAUUGUUUACAAAUGA